GAGAAAAAUCCCAAGCUCUUCUCCUCCGCGAUUUGAACCAAGAACCCAAGCCCUAAUGAGAAGGAUCACCGUUCUUGGAGCUCAGAGGAAGGCCUAACCUCGUGGUGGCUGUGGCAGAGGAGGAGGAGUGGGGAACGGGUGGCAUGGCGGCGGAGCUUGGGCAGCAGACGGUGGAGUUCUCGGCGCUCGUUCGAAGAGCGACGGAGGACUCAUUUCUUGCGCUUAAGGAGCUUGUGGAGAGGUCCAAGGCGCCGGAGGAGCAGUCGGAUUCUGAGAAGAAGAUUGAGCUUUUGAAGUAUAUUGUGAAGACUCGCCAGCGGAUGCUGCGUCUCCAUGUGCUUGCUAAGUGGUGUCAGCAGGUUCCGUUGGUUCAAUACUGCCAACAGCUCUCAUCAACUCUUUCCAGCCAUGAUACAUGUUUUGUCCAGACGGCUGAUUCACUAUUCUAUAUGCAUGAAGGCCUCCAGCAAGCUCGUGCUCCAGUGUUUGAUGUUCCUUCUGCACUUGAGGUUCUUCUUACAGGGAAUUAUUGGCGGUUACCAAAAUGUAUAGAAGAUUUGGGAAUGCAGAGCGUACUUGCUGAGGAUCAGCAGGGGCCCACUCUGCAGAAGUUGAAUGCUCUUCUGCGAUCAAAACUUCUUGAAGUUUCAAUCCCUAAAGAAAUUUCUGAAAUUUCAGUGUCUGAUGGUACUGCUGUUAUUCGCGUGGAUGGGGAGUUCAAGGUGAUCCUUUCUUUGGGUUAUCGUGGCCACUUAUCUCUUUGGAGGAUACUGCAUUUAGAAUUGCUUGUUGGUGAGAAAAAAGGGCCUGUUAAACUUGAAGAAACACGGCGUUAUGCACUUGGGGAUGAUCUGGAGCGUAGAAUGGCUGCGAGUGACAAUCCUUUCAUGAUUUUGUAUACCAUUCUUCAUGAGUUUUGUGUUGCCCUUGUUAUGGACACUGUCAUUCGGCAGGUCCAGGUUCUACGCCAGGGCAGGUGGAAAGAUGCGAUACGCUUUGAACUUAUUUCUGAUGGUUCUUCUGGACAAGGGGGAAAUUCUAAUGUUAUGCAAUUAUCUCAAGAUGGUGAAGUUGAUUCUUCUACUCUAAAAACCCCUGGGUUGAAGAUCUUUUACUGGUUAGAUUCUGAGAAGAAUGUCGCAGGAUCUGAUUUGACUUCAUCUCCAUUUAUCAAAAUUGAACCAGGGAAAGAUCUGCAGAUAAAGUGUCUGCACGGUUCCUUUGUUAUAGACCCAUACACAGACAAAGAGGCUGAAUUUUCACUUGAUCAAAGUUUCAUUGACAUAGAAAAGCUCUUGCUAAGAGCUAUAUCUUGCAACAGACAUACUCGGCUCCUGGAAGUUCAGAGAGAGUUGAGCAAAAAUGUUCAAAUUUGCCAGACAUCUGGUGAUGUUGUUCUGAAGCGUGGAGGCGAAUUUGAUGUUGGCUUCUGGAAGAAGGAUGCUAAACCUCCUGAUGAGUUUUAUUGUGGAGAUGAAGUAUUGCGGGUGCGAGCUUAUGGUGCACUAUAUAUUACGCUUGGAAUAAAUAUCAGGAAUGGUCGUUUCCUUCUUCAAUCUCCUAAAAAUAAUCUCGAACCAUCCAUGCUACGAGAUUGCGAGGAAGCUCUAAGCCAGGGUAGCAUGACUGCCGCUGAAGUAUUUACAAGCAUGAGAGGCAAAAGUAUCUUGCACCUUUUUGCAUCAACUGGCAAGUUCUUGGGUCUUAAGGUUUAUGAGCAAUGCUUGAGUACAAUGAAGAUACCUAAGUCCAUAUUGCAUGGCCCUGAUUUUUUACUAAUGGGCUUCCCGCAGUGUGGGAAUUCCUAUUAUUUAUUGAUGCAACUUGAUAAGGACUUUAAACCACUAUUUAAGAUGCUUGAGACCCAACCUGAUCCUGAAGGGCAUUCCCAUUCCAUUGGUGAUGCCAUUCAUGUUAUCCGUUGUAGUAUAAUUGACAUUGCUCAGAUGCCAAUGGCCGAAGAUGAGAUGAAUCUGAGUCUGCUCAACUGGGAUAAACUAACGUCCAUCCCAAACCUAAGUUCCAAUCAACAUUCAGAUCAUGUUCUUUCGAAGUUGGGUCUUGAUCCUGUCCUGCAGCUUACUGGGUGUUCACCAUCAAGCUUCUCAUCUCUGGUUGAUGAGGUUUUUGAGUUUGAAAAAGGUCCAUCAGGAACUUUCCCUAUUCAGAACCAUAUUCCAGCAUUGCCUGCAGCUCCUUUACCUCAGUUUAACUCUCUUCCACCUAAUAAUCACACAAUUAAGGCUGGAAUUAGCUCCACCAAGUGGGAAGGCGGAUUGCAAACUACUCAAAUUAUUAGCAGUGGCAAGGUUUCUGCUGGUGUUUCUGGUUCAAAUAGUGCAUUAUAUACAUCCAGCAGUAUAAAAAGUUUACUCAGCAAUAGUCCAAAUUUGCUUCCUACUUCAAGUCCGGCACGGAAUUCACCAAUUCAGAGAUUAUCAAUGCCAAAACCUGAUCAAGAUCCAAGCUCUCAUAAGUCUCCCCACCCAUCUGAACUUGGUCCAUGUCCUGCCAAUGAAGAAGGCCAGUCAAACUUGAUGCUUGAAUGCCCCAAAGAAAUUGGUGUUAUGACUGCAAGUAGACAGUCUAGAUUACUGUCUCCACUCCUAACAACUGGUGUUCAAAGUUCUGCUCUUGUAACAUUGCCAAGUGCCAAAGCAAUUACUGGCCCAAGGAGCUCUUUGACUGAUGAUUCACUUGGAACAAUCAGAAAUGCUGGAUCAAACUCAUUGUCUACGACUCCCCUAUGCCAAACAGCCCUGUCUGAUUCUUAUUCUUCCAGCCACACUUUCUCCAGAAACGAGCGAACUUCAAGGAAGAGAUCUCUCUCAGAUGUUCUGAAGAUGAUUCCAUCAGUUCAAAGUCUAGAAGGUCGUACUGAUAUGCGAAAGAGAAGGAAAAUUGUUGAUUCAUCUGGUUCCCGUCAGGGUGAUGUGCAAUCAUUUUCUUCAGUUUUGAGUGCCAAACAUGAUGAAUAUGUCUAUGGAAAUCUUCUUUCUGAAGCAAAUCGUGGCGCGGUUCUCUCAAAUAUUUAUGUUUCAGCUCUUCUUCACGUAAUAAGGCACUGUUCACUAUGUAUUAAGCAUGCUCGACUAACCAGCCAGAUGGAUGCUCUGGACAUUCCAUAUGUUGAGGAAGUAGGUCUGCGGACUCCCUCUUCUAACUUGUGGUUCAGAUUGCCUUUUGCCAUGGAUUAUUCAUGGCAAAAUAUAUGCUUACGACUUGGUAAACCUGGAAGUAUGUGCUGGGAUGUCAAAAUCAAUGAUAAACAUUUCAGGGAGUUAUGGGAACUACAGAAGGGAAGUACCACCACUCCAUGGGGUUCUUGUGUUCGUAUUGCCAAUGCAUCUGAUGUGGACUCCCAUAUUCGUUAUGAUCCAGAAGGUGUUGUGUUGAGUUAUAAAACAGUUGAAGCUAAUAGUAUUGAAAAACUAGUGUCCGAUUUGCGUAGGCUUUCUAAUGCACGUUUGUUUGCAUGUGGCAUGCGGAAGUUACUUGGUGUGAGGUCUGAUGAUAAGCUUGACGAUAGCAACAAUAGCUCUGACAAUAAGUUGCAAAUUGUUGUAAAAAGUGAGGUAGUAUCUGAACAAGUUAAAAGGACUUUCAAGAUUGAAGCAGUUGGUCUUAUGAGUUUGUGGUUUACUUAUGGCACAAUGCCUGUGACUGCUCACUUUGUUGUUGAAUGGGAGUCUGGUAAGGAGGGGUGUACAAUUCAUGUUUCUCCUGACCAACUUUGGCCUCAUACCAAGUUUUUGGAGGAUUUCAUUAAUGGAGCUGAAGUAGCAUCUUUCUUGGAUUGUAUCCGGCUUACAGCAGGGCCUCUGCUUGCUCUUAAUCAUGCAAUACGUCCUGCACGGAUGCCUGGUCCUGUAAAUCCUGGGCCUACACCUGGUCUUAAGCAGAAUACCCAAGGAGGGUUGCCAAGUGCCUCAUCAUCAGUUACUACCCAACCUUCUGCUUCUAUGGCAACUGCUGUUGUUCCUCCACUCGGCAAUCAGAAUCUUCAUGCUUCCACGAUGUUAUCUGCAGCUGGGCGAGGUGGGCCAGGAAUUGUUCCGAGCUCAUUAUUGCCCAUUGAUGUUUCUGUUGUUCUACGGGGCCCAUAUUGGAUACGCAUCAUAUACCGAAAGAAGUUUGCAGUGGAUAUGCGUUGUUUUGCUGGAGAUCAGGUUUGGCUGCAGCCUGCAACACCCCCCAAGGGGGGUCCUUCAGCUGGGGGAUCAUUGCCUUGUCCACAGUUUCGGCCUUUCAUCAUGGAGCAUGUUGCCCAAGGGUUGAAUGCUCUAGAGCCCAAUUUCUCUGCUGGGGCACAUACAGGUGGACAUCUACCUGCAGGCAAUGCUAAUCCAAGUUCGACCACACAAAAUCUACCACAAAACAGCAAUCGCAGUAUGACAAAUGCUGGGCCAAUGACUAGACCAACUUCAGGUGCUGGGGGUCAGGUAACUAAUGGGUUGAGCCGAAUCAGCAAUGCCAUGUUGGCAUCAUCAGGGAUUUCUACAGGACUUUCGGGGGUGCCCUUGCGUAUACCUCCGGGUGCAGGUGUUCCUGUGCAUGUAAGAGGGGAGCUAAAUACAGCUUUCAUUGGGCUAGGCGAUGAUGGGGGUUAUGGUGGUGGAUGGGUACCCCUUGCUGCUCUUAAAAAGGUUUUACGGGGCAUACUGAAAUACCUUGGAGUGUUGUGGCUAUUUGCUCAAUUGCCAGAUCUUCUGAAAGAAAUCCUUGGUUCAAUACUCAAGGAGAAUGAAGGGGCUUUACUAAAUUUGGAUCAAGAGCAGCCAGCAUUGCGCUUUUUUGUGGGGGGGUAUGUUUUUGCCGUAAGUGUUCACAGGGUCCAGCUUCUAUUGCAAGUCUUGAGUGUGAAGCGCUUCCACCAUCAGCAGCAGCAGCAACAGCAGACUCAAUCAAACACUCAGGAGGAACUGACUCAAACUGAAAUUACUGAGAUCUGUGAAUACUUCAGCAGGCGGGUAGCUUCUGAGCCUUACGAUGCUUCUAGGGUUGCAUCAUUUAUCACCCUUCUCACCUUACCUAUCUCAGUUCUUCGAGAGUUUUUAAAACUGAUAGCUUGGAAAAAAGGUUUGCCACAAGCACAUGCUGGUGAUAUAGCUCCCGCCCAAAGGGCUCGAAUUGAGUUGUGCUUGGAGAAUCACUCAGGAUCCAUUUCCGGUGAUAAUUCAUCUUCGACAAAAAGUAAUAUCCAUCAUGAUCGAGCACAUAAUUCGGUUGAUUUCGCUCUCACCUUUGUACUUGAUCCAGCGCACAUACCUCACAUCAAUGCUGCUGGUGGAGCUGCAUGGCUACCAUACUGUGUUUCAGUUAGACUUAAAUAUUCAUUUGGUGAAAAUACUCAUAUUUCUCUUCUUGGAGUGGAGGGAAGUCAUGGUGGCCGAUCUUGCUGGUCCCGUUUGGAAGAUUGGGAAAAAUGCAAGCAUAGAGUCCAGAGAUCUGUGGAAUUUACGAACGGGAAUUCUGCUGCUGAUAUCACUAGUCAGGGGAGGUUGAGAUUGGUUGCCGAAAAUUUACAAAGAUCAUUGCAAAUAUCAUUGCAGCAGCUCCGAGAUGGUGCUCUUUCUUCUAGCUCAACUGCAACUUGAUCGGUUUCUCCCGAUAAGAAGAGAUUUUGAAUCGACAACAAGUGCUGACGUUCAACGUGUUCGUUCAAGACGCAAAACCUAAUUUAAGGUUCAAUUCAUUAUAAUGGAAUACCAUGACAGCUCCUUGACAUUCAAUACCACUGUUCACAAUUAACUGAUCAAGCUUCUGGUUGACUUUCGGUCUGUUGUGUCGGCGAGAGGCUGUUCAGUGUAAUAAUCUGGUAACAAAGAUUAUGGGAAUGAGAUAAGAUGGUGUAAAUACGAUAGAUGGAAACGGUCGGCAAUGAUGAACAAGUUCCUGCCAUAGAUUUAUUUAGUCCAUUAUCAGGACACUGUUCGGUGUAAUACGAAAGACGGGGAAUGGUGUUCCGGCUUUUUGCUUUGAUUAAGUAUCGGCUAUGCAUUUGUAACUUAUGCAAAUGAAGAAUGUUCGAAGCUUUUAUGCCGAAAGUAGCUAAUGGUUAUACCAGGAAAAACAAAUUCAGUGUAACAUAGAACUUAACCAAUGUUGUUUGACAUUGUGCUUUUUUAUUCUUGUUUAUGUUCUUCUGGAGAACUAAGUUAUGUGAUGAAUGCUAUUUGUUGUAGAACUAGAUGUCAUUGUUGUGUUUGCUGGAGAUUGCUUCUUAGUGUGACAGAAAAAAUAGAAACAGAUGAAUAAAAUAAGUUCACUUCCUUUUUA